ACCACACACUGACCAUCGACUUCAAAAAACAGAAAAUAAGGAAUAUUUUUGAACUAAUACUAGGUCACCAUGUUGUGUAAUGUCCAUUUGAUAUUAGUAUGCAAAUUAUUAAGUGUUAAUUGUAUCAAAUUCAUAAAUAAAAAGUCAAGAACGUCAAUUUUUUUUCCUAUACAAUUGGUUGAUGUAGUAAUAGAAGAUUUGAUACCUCAACGAAAUAUUUGAAAUCCACACACAGCCUUGGUCUCUAACAAUAUGUGGUUAGUGCUUUUGUUUUCUUUGUCAAUCAAUACUUCAUUCAAAUAACCACUUGAAAAAUCGGUACCGAGUGAUAAAAAAAAUAUAUUCAUGUCACAAGUACUGGACGGAUCCGCAGGAAACAAACGGAAGAGUGUCUAAACUGCUAGUGUCUUCCUAAUUUGUGAUGAAUUUAUUAGGAAUAAUAUUAAUCAGUAUGUUUGCCUAAUAAUUAACUAAUGUAAGCCGACCUAGUUACAAAGCAUAAACCAGCAGAUACCCCCUGUGAGACAAGGAAUGCAAAAUUAUUUAAUAACCGAAAGAGAAGCUAAGAGGAAUUCCGGCUAAUCCAGUUACGUACGCACGUUGAUUUGUUAUACAAAAAUGAAGAAGAUUAGAUUAUCCCAAUCUUUGAUCACUAUUAUAUAUAAACUAAGCAGCAAGAAGUGAUCAUCAUGCAUACCAUAACCAAUUACUUGAAAGAAAGCUCAAACAAGAAACACAGAUAGCUGAUUCGAUCAUAAGAACGGCCAUGGCGAUGAUGCAGCCCAAGAUUUCCAAGUUGCCCGUCUUGCUCCCGCUGAUCAUAUGGGUCGUCGUAAUUCCAUGUAUGGUAUUUUCCCCUUACCAUUUCAUACAUUUUUCUUCUUCAUUCCGUGUACGUGGUUUCCUUCUUGAGUUGGCAAUUGUACGUACGUCAAACCUUGGUGCGACGAGUUUGUGGGAUGGAUGUGGCCCGUGGAGGAAGACCAAGGUUGUUAAACCUCUAUUGGACCUUCGGUUGGACCCGAUCGGACCUAAAUCGGGUUUCAAAUGGCCUCCAGAAAGCCAUUCGGUCUGACCUUUAAAGAAAGAGAGGGGGAAGAGAGGAAGAGGAACGAAGGAAGGGUGAUGGUGGGUGGGUCAUGGUCUCAUGGAGGUUAGGUAGAGUUAUUUUGUGGAAAAUAAGUUUUUAAUAGAUACAUAUGUAAGAUAAAUUUCAUUUCAGUCAUUAAAUCUUUAAUUACUACCUUAUUUGUAUAUAUGUUUUAAAACGACUAAAACGGGUCAAACCGGUCAGACCCCGAUCAGACCAUUAAAGUUAAAACCCCUUGCUUGACAGGCUCAAUGACUUAAACCGGUUUGACAACCUUGCUUGCGGGUUGCAGGUCUUUGCCCUUUAGGCGAAUCGAGAGAAGUCAGUUCCCGAUAUGAUAUUUCUCCGGCGGGAACAGCUGCUACUAACACUUCCGGCGGUACAGAGGUCCAUGUCAGGUAUAUAUUGGUCUCCCUGAAACGCCCAAUCACGAUUCUUUUAAUAUUAUAAAGGGUGACGUAGGGAAUUAAAUCGGGAAACUUCAGAUUCUACGCUAGUGGUAUUAUCAUUAACCAGUAGAUUUCUAAAUGGGUCUUAUUUUCUACUAUUAUUGUGUAAUAUCGGCCCACAUGAAUUAUACAUCUCGGAUUUGCCGCAUGCAUGCAGUGUCCCCGCCGAGAAUCAUCAUGAACUUCGCCGUCGACCGGAGACCACAGGAAGGACCGCCGCUAGUCGUCGGAAUGCAUCGGUGGAGGCCAACUGCGGUUGGAGUUGCAACGACGAUAUGUGCUCUGCUGAUUACCCUGAUUGGUAUAGCGCUGAACCUUAUUGCUUCGCCGGUUGCGACUGUUACCAGAUGGAAUGUGUACAAAUUUGUCCCACGCCACCUCCACCGUAGCAGCUACUGAUAAUUACAUAUAUAAUCGCCAUGAAUAAUAUAAUGAUGAUGGAAGAAGAAGAAGAAGAAGAUAUCUAUCUAUGUGCUGCCGGCUUUUUCAUUCUCUACUCUUCUCGAUCUCCUUUCUAGAUUGUAGGGGGAGAUAAUAGAGAGGCAGAAACUAUAUAUGUGCUUUUACUUACGUACGUAUCGUAUACGUUCUAGCAUUUUCACUAGUAUGAAUGUUGUUGUAAGAAGAUCCAAACCUUAAGAACCAAACUUUGUGAGAGGUUAGAAUAUACUCGAUCCAUCGACUUAUAACCCUAGUCUUGUGUCUUGUAGCCGGUUGGUCUCAUCAAUAUGGUAAUUAAAGGGGUAGUUUGGAAGUUGCGAUUGUUAAAUGGAUGUAUUGUUGAGAAUGCAUGAAUAAUAUUAUACAUGUAUUGUCGAAUUUGAUGCAUUGUAGAAUACAAUGUUUGGUCGCAUCGGUCAAACAACAAACAAUAACAAAAUUUUUGUUUUUAUAAAAAAUAAAAAAUUUAGGAUGGAAAUUUCAUAAUUUCGAAGUAAAGAAAUAACUAGUUUUUUUUUUCAAAUGAUGUAUUCUUUUGCAUUUCCAUUUUUCUAUGCUAGUUCUAUCCUCAAAAGUGCAUACAAAAUGAGGAUAAACUAGGUUGAUUUUCUUUUUCUGCAAUGGAACUAAUGAUGCUCUAAGGUGAGUGCAUCCAAGACAAAACUAUAUAUUUAUAUAUGUCAGUAUUUACUAAAAAACAGAACAAGUUGCUAUUACUUCAAUGAAUUCAACAUGAACACGUGGUAAGAAUAUUACUUGCUAGAUUUAAGGUAUGAAUUAGGGUAAAUACAAUAUAAUAGUCAAAUCUUUUUAUUUUAAACAAAAUAAUAACCAAAUCUUUUUGAAAACAAUUUAAUAGUCAAAUUUUCAACUUCCGGUCCGGUCAACUGUUACUUGAUUCUGACGUGGCAGCUUUAUCGCUGAGUUGGAUGCUAAUUGGUGACGUGGCAUAAACCUCAACCAUUUGACUGUACACAUAGAUAUUUAUUAAUUUAUGUAAUUAUUUGUUUUGACAAAAUAAAAUAAAAAAUAACCAUUCUUGUUCUAAGAUGGAAGGCAUACCCAGCGGGCGAAGCCCGAGUACCCCGAUGAAGAACUUCUCUGUUCCUGCCCCUGCCCAUACGCUGGCAGGUGCGAGUGAUACUGCCUUCAUCCAGGCAUUUUGCCUUCAAGCGCAUUUGAGACCAGUUAGUUUGUAGUCGGAGAAUCUUUGACGAUGCUCCGACUGACAUUGGCAUAGUUUGUUGAUGAUGGUAUAGUCUAUCUAUCACAACGAGAGUAGUUAGUCCAUAAUCAGGCGAGAAAUGUCACUUUUUGCAUCACCAAUAAUAACACUUUAGAACG